AACAGUAGUAAUAAUACAAUCAACUUGGAGAUCUUUACCUAAGAUGAGUCAAGAAGGUGCUGAAGAGAAACAGCCCAAAGCAACCAAUGCUAAAUUCAUAGUCCCCUCAAUAUGUGUCAUAAAGGAGGCUGAAAGGAUUAGCUCAAGGAAAGAAGCUUCCCUCUUCAAACGAACUAAGACGCAACCACAGGCUAACGAUGCUUCGACCCCACACAAAGAAGUUCGUUUGACAAAAGACUUGCCGCCUCCAGCGGCCACAGAAGUAGAGAAAGUUAAAACAUUCGUGAAGACCCCCCACAUACAUACGACAGAUGUUCGAAGUGUUACUACACAACCUUCAUCUGUAGCCGGUGUGUCAAGCACAUCAAGAGACAUCACAGAGAAAGUAAGAAUACUAUCUAAAAAUGAAGAUGGAGCUACACCACGCAAGCCUUGCAAUCCUCGGGCAAUCCUUGUUAACAUUGUACAGAAGAACAAUCCUGUGAUGAAGCAUGUUCGUAAUGUGCCCUGGGAACUGGGAGACAUUGCACCUGACUUUGAACUAGGGAGGACUGUGUGUGCAUUAUUUCUGAGUGUACGCUAUCACUCCCUGCACCCUGACUAUAUCCAUUGUCGAUUGAAAGAGCUUGGCAAACAGUACGAGCUCAGGAUACUGCUAGUCUAUGUGGACACGACUGAGAGCCACCAUGCUCUGCAAGAACUGACCAAGAUGGCUCUACUGGCUGACCUUACUCUCAUACUGGCUUGGAGCCCAGAGGAGGCUGCACGAUACCUGGAAACGUACAAGGCGUACGAAAACAAGCCCCCAGACUUGAUCAUGGAGAGGACGGACAGUGACUUCUCCUCAAGGGUGAUUGACAGUCUGACUACAGUCAAGAAAGUGAAUAAGACUGAUGCUGCAACACUGCUCAAUAAUUUCAAGACAAUGGAGAAACUAGUCCAAGCCUCCAAGGAAGAGUUGACGAUGUGUCCAGGACUGGGGCCACAAAAGGCUCAGAGGCUGUAUGAUUUGUUCCAUGAACCAUUCCUAAGAACUAAGAAGAAGUCAAAAACAGACCUCUAGUUGAAAUGCCCUAUUGCACAUGCGUGGUUUGGAGAGAAUGAGAGAGCUGUGACUGCUGCAAGAUUUGCUGCUACAGUACUCCAUAUGGGACAAUCUUCGCAUUAAGUAUCACGGUUGUGGGUCUGGUUGGGUUCCUGUCAUCCUCUAUAUACAGUAUCAUUCUCGUCAGUCAGACUACAGCA